ACUGGAUUGAGUCGCGCUCUUUGGGAUUGCGAGGAGCUGCGGUUGCGGUCGGUCACCUCGGCGCUAACGAGUCUGAGGUGAUUAAAAAUGUCCAAUUAAAACAACAACCUUCUCUUCUAACUAUGUGACAAGCGGCUAUUUUCAAUCUGUAACGCGUCAGGACCGUUUACGUUUGGAAUGCCCAAUUCCCAAUGUGAUCUAAGUCCUCGUGGUGACAUAAUAUCUCGCCUCAAUCCGGGUGGCGGAGGACGAAUCUCAGUUGCCUCCACGUCUGAGACCGUCAAUCUGUGCAUCUUAUCACGUGGCUUGUUGAGCGCGCUAUCGCGGAGACAUAGCGCGUGUGGAGGCUUCACGCUAUUCUCCGUGGCAUCCACGCACAACUCACCACGCACCCCACCGAGAGCGAGAACCACACAUUAUAGCAACCACAAGGAGGUUACCCCAUGUGACUGUACCUUCCCCUAGGAACCGGGCCAAUUUGGUUGUCACUCAGCAUGCCCUGGAUUCGAACUCGCGACUCCAGCGGUGAACACUUCCAGAAUUAGUCAAAGGGAGCAUUUUCAAGCCUCCGGAGCACAGUUUUGAUUGAAAAGCCCAUUCCAAAUCUGUGUCUGAGCAUCAUUCUGCUUGCACGUAUAGAUAGAUAGAUUCAAAUGGCUUGCUGUCUAAAGGACGAGCUCUUGUGUUCCAUUUGUCUGAGCAUUUAUCAAGACCCGGUCAGUUUCGGCUGCGAGCACUACUUCUGUCGUAAGUGCAUUACUGAGCACUGGAGCAGGCAGGAGCAUCACAGGACACGAGACUGCCCCGAGUGCAGGAGGACCUUCACGGAUCCACUGCUGUCCCCCAGCCUAAAGCUCUCCAACAUCGUGGAGAGGUACGCCGCAUUCCCUCUGGAUGCCAUCCUCAACGCCCAGAGAAACUCGUACCCGUGCAAGGACCAUGAAAAGGUUAAGCUCUUCUGCUUAAGUGACAAGAGUUUGGUGUGCUUCUUCUGUGAUGAACCUGCCUUACAUGAACAGCACCAAGUGACCACCGUUGACGAGGCCUAUGAGGAAAUACAGAGGGAGAUGAAGGAGCAGCUGGCAACUCUACAGGACAGCGAGAAGGGUCACACCGAGGCUUUACAACUACUUCAGAGGCAGCUUACUGAAACAAAGUCAUCAGCGAAGAGCCUUCGUGCCACAAUCGGAGAUGCGUUUGAGCGACUGCAUCGUUUCCUGCGGGAACGACAGAAGAGCAUGUUGGAGGAACUGGAGGCUGACACAGCUCGCACACUCACCGAUAUCGAACAUAAGAUCCAGCGCUACAGCCAGCAGCUCCGUGACGUCAAGGAAGGAAUCCAGAUCCUUCAAGAACGUUUGAGUGAAACCAGCCGUCAUGAAUUCUUGGAAGGAAUAGCCCUCACCGCGGACAGGGAGCAAGUGAUUCGUGGAGGGUAUUGCUGGUGGAAGAUACCAAGAAUUAAAGGAAAGAUCCACGAAACAAACCUUACCUAUGAAGACUUCCCAACAUCCAAAUAUAUGGGGCCACUGCAAUAUACCAUUUGGAAGUCUCUCUUUCAGGAUAUCUCACCAGUGCCUGCUGCUUUAACCAUGGACCCCAUCACUGCUCAUCAACGGCUGAUAUUGUCGGACGACUGCACCAUAGUUGCAUAUGGUAACCUGCAUCCACAGCCACUUCAAGAUUCCCCACGCCGGUUUGAUGUGGAAGUAUCCGUGCUAGGAGCUGAAGGUUUCUCCGGUGGUGUCCACUACUGGGAGGUAAUGGUAUCCGAGAAAACCCAGUGGAUGAUCGGUGUGGCCAAUGAGACGGUCAACCGCAAGGGUAGUAUUCAAAUCCAACCAAGUCGAGGCUUUUACUGCAUCGUUAUGCAUGACGGGAAUCAGUACAGCGCAUGCACCGAGCCCUGGACGCGCCUCAACGUAAAGAGCAAGCUUGAGAAGGUGGGCGUCUACUUGGAUUACCCUAAAGGUUUGCUGGUUUUCUACAAUGCCGAUGACAUGUCCUGGCUCUACACGUACCGAGAGAAGUUCCUCGCUAAACUUUUUCCAUACUUCAGCCCUGGUCAAAGUCAUGCGAAUGGAAAGAACGUGCAGCCCUUGCGAAUUAACACAGUACGUUUAUAGGAACUGAGUCAGCAGACUUCGUUCUAAGCAAUUGGAAAAACUAGUAUGUGCGAUAAAGUUUAUUUCUUUCAGCUUGCCGCAAGACACUCGAGGGGUAGCCUACAUGGUACUGAAUAAAGUGAACUGUUUGAUGGAUGUAACGCAAGGCUCAUUGAGUGCCUGGAGUUGGAACUUGAAGAGUACAUAAAAUUGAGAGCCUUGCACUUUUCUAAGUGGCGCCUAUGGGCGAUUUGUACAUUUAGUGUUGUCAGUCAUUUGUAAUCUUGCCAUGGCCUUCUUGCUUGCCCAAGAUUUCCCCAGCUGCGUGCACACAAUACACUGUCUUAGAUCCCCUCAGCCCCUACAGGGUUCAAAUGCUCCCUCUUUUAUGGCUUUAGUCUGGAAAAAAGCUUAUCUGUUGUAAUGACAGAAAUAUGAAAUGUGUUGCCCGUUUUGUUUUGUGCAGUCAACUUUUUGUGCAUUUGUGGAAUGUGUCUGCCGUUGUACCGCUACCCUAUCUGAUAUUUUGACACAUGGUUAAAUCUUGUGCACUGAUAGAGACCAGUGAGCUAGUGCGGUACAAACUUUAUUGCUUUUCCCCCGUUAGGUGCACAAAUGGUGAUUUCGGAAUAUUGCAUUCCUCAAGUCAUGCUUUUCCACGACUGUGACGGUGAUUGAUUUUGCAGUCCUGUUAAGGCUAUGGUUUUUCCUUAUGCCGUUUUGUCUUGUGCACAGUUGAGCACUCAGCCUUUCAAAGUAUACACUUUUGACUGCAAGCCCAAACGGACUUGCUCUAUGCAUACUCUUUAGUACUGACAGCAGCAGGCGCAUGUGCAGAUGAGGUGUACAAAUUGUCUGUUUCUAGUAAAACUAGGCAGCAAUUGCACUGUUCAUGAGACAUAGCUUCACCUGGAAAACCAAAAUGUACUUUGGGCUUUUGUGUAUUUGUGUGCUUGAAUGAUUGUGUUCUCUAUUAGAUCUAUCAAUUUUGAUGACUCCCUCCCUGGCUCUGUUUUACCCCUUUUAGUUGAGAUUCAUGGCAGUGCUAGAGGGGCUUGAAUGCCACUAUUGUGUCUGCUGCUAUAAUGAAAUAGGGGUCAUGACUUUGUGCAUUUGUACAUAUCGUAGGCGAUGGCUACGCCCUUCCUAUACUGGUGAUAAGUGUAUCCCUGCACCCUUCUUGUUUCAUUAGUAUGGUAUUCCUUUUAUUUUUUCAUCCUUUGCUUACUUUCUAAAACAUUCCAAGGUUCAGGGUCUUCUGCUGUCCCGAAGUGUUAAAGAGUACACUGGUUUGUGCACUCCGCCAUCUGUCAACUUUUACACAUCUAAUCAGGUCAUAAUUGUGCAAGAAGGCUGCAAGACUUUUCCAUUUAAAGAGACUAAAUCCAUGCCUCUUGUGUUGAUAAUAUCAGUGGUUUUCAUUUCGCGUGUAAAUAAUUAUCUGUUGAAAUUUCAGGGAGAAGACUGAAGAGCCUUUUUAAAGAAAUAUAACAUUUUUAAAGUGCAAAUAUAGUUUUAAAUGGAAACACUACACUCUUUGAGAACUUUGUAUCAGAAUACACACAUAAAUGUUCCGCGAUUGCCCUGAAUUGAUGUUGCCACUUUUGCCAUGUCAACAUUCGGUGCACUAAUUUUCUCUAAGGCUUGGUUGUGUGACCUGGCCUGACUGUUGUAACACCCUAAAGAGCUAUCACAAACCCCUAGAGUUCCAAGUAAUUAUAACUUUUUUCCAAUGACGUUGCUGCCGCAAUCAAAUUGGUGGGAAAAUUCCACUGAUCUCAUUGGAAAUGAUGGACAGACUUUGAAUCCAUUCCAUAUUUUAUUGUAGUUGAAGUUUUCCACUCCUGUUUAUGAUGUACCUGUGUUCUAUAAUUUUUGGUGUUAAAAGGUAAAGAUGCAACUGGUGUUGUUGGAUGUGUUGGUUAGGACAUUUAUGAAAUAGACCUCAAUGAGGUUGGUAUUACACAAGGUUGCUGCUUGUUAUGUGAUGCAGUCAUAUGAUUAUUAUUAUUGUUAGGUGGUGGUGAUGGGUUCUUUAAGAUAUAUAGUUAUACAUAUACGUAUAGAUUUCUGAGGAUUAUGUUGUUGUUGGUGAUGAUGAUUUGUGUCUUUGGAUGAAAGCUGUUUUGCACCCGUCAUUGUCUAAAUGCACUCUGGUGAGCUCUGCCUGCUAGAGGUUCAUAGAAAAAAUAUUUUAACGUCCAAUUAAAAAAAUGGAAAAACCAAAACAUUUCUGACUCUUCAUUAUGUUUCACUUGGUAAUUGUUUAUAGUCCAGUGCAGGGUCCAAAAUGAUCGCUUGCCAAGUGACAUUUGGCUCUGGCAUGUGAAUAAAACAGUUACUUCUCCAGCUGUAGUUUCAGAGUCUGUGUGAAAUCAUAAUUGACUAUAUUUACUUGCUUUAUGCAUGUUUUUCUUCGUAUUGUGCACAAUUCAUUGGUUCACUUAAUUUCAAAGAAAAUGUCUUUGUAAUCUUUAAUCCAAAUGUAAUAUCUUGCUCCUCCUCUGAAACAACUUACCUUUUCGGUUGAUGUCACCAAGCCCUCUUAUUUUUCAAAAGCCUCACCUUCAACCACAUGGCUUCAUUCAGAUAAUGCCCACUUUACGCAUUCCAAUCAAAAACCAUUCCAAAAAAGUAAGUCCCGCUCUACGUUUAUUUCUCAUUAAAUAUCCUUUUUAAUGUAGAAAAAAGUCAGAUUAUGAAAUUAAAGUGGGUUCCUUUUCUUGUUGACUUUAAAUCGUAACUAUAUCUGUUUUUCUUUUUUUAUUUGAUGUUUAAGUUAAGCAAUGUGAACAAAUCAAAUCAAAGAGAUGCCUAAGGUGUACUAAAGAAAAAUAAGAGACUGUUGCACAUAUUUAAACAACUUUUACCUAAGUAGAAAUUUUACCUUCAGGGGUGUAACUAUUAGGAAGCCAGUUUUUGUUUUCUUCCUUUUUUUGAAAAUGUACACUAAAAAAAUUGCUAAAUCAGCUAAAUACUUCCAUUGCCAUAGGUAGUGUAAAUGUAAUAUUUAUUUAUGUAUUUAUUUUAUUUUAUUUACUGUGGUCCAGUGUGAAGAUUUGUCAACUAAUUUGCAGUUUGCCUGUUACGUUUUUGCUGCAUAUACCCGAUGUUUAUUCUUAAAAGUCAACAUAUUUUUCAUGUGAAAUUCUCAAACAUUUAUCUCUUCACCAUCUUUAGCAAUUUCUAACAGGUGAGACCAUGCAUUUCUCCAAUAUCUCUUUCCAAACAACGUCUAAAGAUGACGCAUCAGAAGACAAAACUUGCCUUUGACGAAUUGCUGCCUCCAUCUGUAAACUAGGUAUCGUCAUUGGCACUUUGUCCAACAGACUGCAGAAAAAUGGCUUGCGUGAUUUGUCUUACAAGGCUCAAUUAAACUCUGGAGACUUGGGACAUUGUUUAUAGAUCUUAUAUUUCGAGAGUGUUUCAUGUUAUUAAAUGAAAGCAAGUAUUACGUUGUUGCCUGCAUUGUUGUUGCAUUCCAAGUGAAAGUGUUGACGGCCAACAUUCUUACUGGAAUAAAAUGAGAUCAUGAAAAUAUGCUGGCAGGUGAGUUGUCCCUCAGGACAAGUUUCCUGUCAAACUUGAAUCUUUGGUUUUUGGAUAUCUCUGCAAUAAAAGGUUCUGUCAUACCCCUGUCUUCAA